AUGUCUGUUUUCUUCGACUCCCCCAUAAGCCAGGAUCUUGUGGCACAAGGCGAUGUUGAAACAUUACUAGAGAGCAUCGGCGUCACUGAAGGCAUACGCGUAGCCGAGUCUGGUGAAUACCAUCAAUUACUGGCGGCCGUUCACGAUGUUGCCGAGCAUGUUCUCGCUUUACCCGAUUACAUAGCUUGUACCGAUAUGGAAAAGUAUCCUCGCCAAAAUGUGCAUCGCCCGUCGACUGAAGAGCAAGAGUUCGGCAAUGCGUGGGCGCACAAGUUCUUUAUCCAAGGCAAUCCAAAUGGCGAAUUGUUGAAAGGCAAAACUUUAUGUCUGAAGGACAACGUCAAUGUCGCCGGUGUGCCACAAUUCUUUGGAACGGACGCCGUUCCUGCUUGGACACCGGAAGCCGAUGCAACAGUCGUCACGCGGGCUCUAGACGCUGGUGUUAACAUUGUGGGAACGACCAUAUGCGAGAACUUCUGCAAUUCAACGUCUUCAUUUACAAGCGCGCAAGGAACUGUUCACAAUCCCUAUGCUGCAGGUUAUUCCGCGGGUGGAAGCACAUCUGGCGGCUCUGCGCUGGUCGGCUCCGGUUUGGUCGACAUUGCAAUUGGCGCCGAUCAAGGCGGAAGUAUCAGAGUGCCUUCGUCAUUUUGCGGAUGCGUUGGACUGAAACCUACACAUGGCCUGGUGCCAUAUACGGGAAUGGGUAGUGGCGAUCCUAUUAAUGAUCAUGCUGGACCGAUUGCCAGAACAGUGACAGACGUGGCUUUAUGUCUUGAUGCCAUCAGUGGUAAAGACGAUUUCGACGACCGGACGCUGGGAUCUCAUGUUUAUGGAACGUCAAAUUAUGCUAAGAAUCUUCGAUCGUCAGUGGCCGGCAUGAAGAUCGGAGUCCUUGUCGAGGGAUUCGAGCAUCGACUAGUGAACGCAGAUGUCAAGAGAACCGUCCAGAACGCCGUCAAUGGCUUUGCAAAGCUCGGCGCAACUGUUGAAGAGGUGUCAUUGCCGUUACAUUUGGAGGGACCAGCAAUUUGGACAAUUCAGCAGCGCUUUGCCGGCACUUUUGGCUUAUUAGGAUACGCCAACGGCCGGAGAGGUCUUUUUUCUACAAAAUACGAGGAAGCCCGUCAACCUUGGACAAACGAGACAUUUCAGAAACUAUUUCCGUCGACGAAGAACACGAUAAUCAACGGAUUAUCCCUGAUGAAAAACUACCCUGGACUCUACGUCAAAACCAUGAACAUCGCACAGCAAAUCAAAGAUUCGUACGAGAAACUUUUCCAGGAGUACGACAUCAUUGUUAUGCCUACCACGCCUACCGUUGCUCCCGCCAACGUCGAUUGGAAACGAGGGGACUCGCCCAUGUCUGCUUUGAAACCCAGCAUGGGAAUAACAACAAACACUGCCAUUUUUGAUGUUACCGGCCAUCCUGCAAUGUCAUUACCAGUCGGCUUUGCACCUUCUCAUGUCGAUGAUAGCAUCUUGCUUCCUGUGGGCAUGCAGCUGGUGUCAGGUCUGUGGCAGGAACAAAAGAUUCUGGAUGCAGCUUAUGCAUGGGAGUCUGCAAAUGAGUGGAGAGAGGUAGGCGUACCAGAUGUAAAAGAGCAGAAACUGCAUACGAAGUUAUAG